ACCCUUAAAAACAAACCAUUCAAUUAGCUCUCUUUCUUGAUAUCUAUUCAAAUCAAUCCAAUAUCCAAAAAGAGAAAAGAAAAAGAAGAAAAGAAAAGGAAAAAAGAAAAAAGAGAGAAAGAAAUGAUGAAGAGAAAUGUGAGUCAGAAAUUGAUGUUAUACAAGCAAAAGAAGAAGGAUGAUGAUCAUACUAAGACUAAUCAUAACAAGAAGAAUAUCAGUAGGUUCUUGAUUAGUAUCAAUGUUCUUGGGAGUGCAGGUCCUCUGAGGUUUGUAGUGAAUGAAGAUGAACUUGUUGCUGGUGUCAUUGAUACUGCUUUGAAGACUUAUUCUCGAGAAGGUCGCCUUCCUGUUCUUGGUUCUGAUGUAAAUAACUUCCUUCUUUACUGUGCUAAUGCCGGCUCAGAUGCUCUGAAUCCAUGGGAAGCAAUAGGGUCUCACGGAGGAAGGAACUUUGUGCUAUGCAAGAAACAAAGGGAAGCACAGAUGACAGAAGGAAGGUCAGAAAUGACAGCACAUAAGGCAUCUGGUUGGAAGGCAUGGCUUCACAAGUCAUUUAGUUUUAAGGUUUUAUCUCACUGAGAUUGGGGACAGUCUUGUUUCCAUUUCAUGGUAACAUAGGAUCAUUUCACAUGAUCUCUCUUUCUCUUUUAUAUAACUAAAUACCCAAUUAAAUAAGAAGAAUAAGAAAUAAAAACAAAUGGUUGGUUGAUUUCUGUUUUAGAAUAUGUCAGUACAAUCAUCCGUGCACGCUUCUGUGCUUGACUAUAGAUAUGGAUUUUCUAUAUGUAAUUUGAAAAGCAUAUGUUCUCCAUGUCUAUGAUUCGAAUUAUAUGUCCUUAAAAUAGUACCUUGUAUUACAUAAACUGUCAUAUCAACUUUGGCAUAUAUGUACUAAUUAAGCUUUUGUUUUCUA